AAUGGGAAAUAUUGUUCGUAUCGAAAUGUCGUUUCCCACUGGCCAAAUCAAAUCACCUCUUCCGGUUGUCAAAAUGUUCCUUCAUUUUUCAAAAAAAAUCAAAUAAGAGGUUUCAUUUUGUUUGGAUUCACUUUAUCUGGCAAUAGCGUAUAUUCAAGGCACUUUGGCGCAUGGCAAUUGGAGAAUCGGCAAUCGGACUAAAACACAUUUCACUCGGUUAUUGGAUAUUUGAAAUUUUGGUAUUGUAUUUAGUUAUUAAACUACCAUACCUACCCUCAGUCACCAUGGCGACGGUUCAGUCAGACGCGGCUAAAGGCGAGGUCCAAGUUUCCAGGGAAACUGUUCCAAAAGCGGUUGCAGUAAGCGAAGAACAACGUGCAAUUUUCGAUCGAAUCGCAAAAAAUGAAAACAGCGAACUGAGAUUGUUGCUCUCACAAUUGCGCGGAAGUGUAGACUUUGUGGACGAAAAUGGCAUGACGCCUCUUCAACACGCCGCCUACAAGGGCAACAAGGAAGCGGUACAGCUGCUACUAGAUCAGGGUGCUGAUGUAAACUCCGGGAGGCACGAGUACAAAUAUAGUGCUUUGCACUUCGGCGCGCUUUCUGGCAGUACCGAAGUGUGUCUCAAAUUACUUCUGGCGGGAGCAGAUGCAAAAGCCACCAAUUCUGUUGGCAGAACGGCAACCCAGAUGGGUGCAUUCGUUGCCAAUUACGAAGCGGUCGGUACGAUCAACAAUUUCGUUCCGUUGAAAGACAUCGAGUGCUACGCAGCGGAUGCGCCGAAACCUGGAGAAACAAAGCUGCCUGCAACGAUACUAGCACCGUUCCACACUUUCAUCAUGCAAGUCAAUCUGCAUCCGGUUCGCAUACUGCUGAAUCUCCAAAAGUACGGACUAUUCGGAGCAGACAUGAAAUUAAUGUGCGAGGUACUGGUGGCAAUGAUGGAACGGGAAAUGAAACGUCGCGGAGAAGCCAACGAGGUGAUGUCCUUCAAAUACCAUUAUCUAGCCUACAUCAUAGGAGAGAUAGUAAAGCAUCGUGACUAUCUGAAUUCCCGGAGAGACGCAAACCAGGAUGCGAAAAGCGACUUCCUUGAUCUAUUUGCAAAGCGUGUGCUGAAGCUUGGUAAGGACGGAACACGCGAGUAUCUGGAUGCGCUGAUAAGGGAGUGUGUUCGAGAGUUCCCUUUCCGCGAUUGCACUCUUUUCCGCCAAGUGGUGGCUCAGAUGACGAAUAAGGAAAAUGUGUCUACACCGCUUGACAUCGUGAGUACAGCGAUUAAUGGCCAACGCGGAUUUCAGGACACUGUACCAAUUUGUAGCUCCUGUGGGGAGGAGAAACCGGACAAAAAAUGUUCCAAGUGUAAAGCAGUCCAGUACUGUGAUCGGCAGUGUCAGAGAUUACAUUGGUUUGCCCACAAAAAGGUGUGUGCUAGACCAUCAGCGAACCCUUCGGCCGAAGCAGCAAUGAUUUCAAAGGAAAUUGAUUCUACGGAGAUCAAUGAGCAGCUGCAGAAGCUGGUUGCUGGUUGAAAUUAUUAUUUUUCCGAUCGUAUUGUGUGAAUGACUUCUUUACAACUUCAGCAGAAAAACUUCUUUACAAAAAACAUAUUUCGCAAAUUUACGCAUAUCUGUUUAAUUUUUAUGUGGUCCGUGGAUUGACAAAAACCAGAAGCAAAUAAAGCUUGAGCACAAGGACGUCGGAAAUA